CACUCGCUGCGAGCCCUGACUGAGUGUGAGCCGUCCCCAGAGUACAGCCAGAAACCAGCAGAGACACGUGGAAACAGAAAGGAGGAACUGGAUUUAUCCAAGGUGGACUGAAGGCUGAACUUUUAAAAGCUGCAUCCUGUCUACAUUUGAAGCUGAUUUGAGUGACUUCACACCAAACUGGGAGGAGAGCCUCAGCGUACCUGAGUGCAGCCGGACAGGUUGAGGUGGAUGAGCUUGUGGCAGCCCUUUCCCGUGGUCAGCUCUUCUUAAUGAAAACACAGUCCCUGCAGGGCACAGGAUGCGUGUGACCUCCUCUCUCCUGCUCGCCUCGCUGCUGCUUCUCCUGCUGCCGUCCACCGAGAUGAAAAGGCCGGGGAAGGGCAGAGGCCUCAGAGGAGCAAGACACAAACUCACCCGGGACAGGGUGAGAGGAGCUGGGCGUUACAGCAGAUCAGGCCCCUCCAGGCCUGCGGCGCCUAAGUGCUUAGAGUCGACAGAAUCUGGGGACGUGUUUUUAGACUGUCAAGAGCGACGCCUCACCUCCGUUCCCACCUCACAGACCUGGUCAACACAACCAAAGCACCUCCUCCUAGCACGCAACCGGAUCAAAGUCCUUCGUGAUGGCGCCUUCUCUGGAUUUGAGAGUUUAACCAGUCUGGACCUGCAGCAGAAUCAGAUCUCUCUAGUAGAGGAGGGGGCCUUCGAGGGCCUGACACGCCUGACAACCCUGCUGCUGCAGCACAACCGCCUGGGGACCCUUAGCGAGGAGGCCCUCAUCACCAUGCCAAACCUUCGCUAUCUACGUCUAUAUGAUAAUCCCUGGAAUUGUCUCUGCCCGAUGGACAGUCUUGUACGCACCAUUCAGGUCCCAAGCAACCGUAAUCUUGGAACUCAUGCCAGAUGUGCAGAGCCCAUCAGGCUAAAAGGCAUCAAGUUGAAGCAGAUUGACCCCGAGUUACUCUGUAAGGAGAGCAGCCCAACUGGUGACCCGCAGGGAGACCAAACAGACCCCGGAGGCCCUAUAGACCCCAUUCCAAUUCGUACAAAACCAGAUGCCACCACAUCUUGCCACACCUACCUUUUCCCCCAAAUAAGGAUGGACUGCAGACACCGAGGUCUAACUGAGGUGCCUUCAGGUAUUCCAGAGGAUGUCGUUCACAUCGAUCUCUCCCAUAAUUCAAUCCGUCAUCUCAAAGCCAAAGAUUUCCAAGGAGCGAGGAGCCUCAGAACCCUGAACAUCAGUCAUAACAACAUGGAGCGCAUCGACACAGCUUCCCUGUUUGGGCUGCUGCACCUUCGAGAGCUGGACCUGUCCGACAACGGCCUUCAUUUCAUCCAGUACGGAGUUCUGGAGGACCUUUACUUCCUGUCACAGCUAAAACUGGGAGGAAACCCCUGGGUGUGUGACUAUAGCAUCCACUAUAUGAUGUAUUGGCUGCAUCUGCACCCCGGAGUGAGGCACUCUGGCCUGCUGUGUCGCUCCCCUCCUGAACACACUGGGGAGAGUGUGGCGGAGUAUGUGCGUUCCUACCACAGAGAGUGUCCAAAGGACAGACAGUACAGCAGAACAGAUCAAGACCAAACAGACCCUGAACUAUGGGACACAGCGAUGGAAGUGCAGGGGGAGCUGGAGGAGGAGCUGGAGCCGAGCCACUUAAGAGCUCCGCAGAAAUACCAGAUCAUCAGACUGUCCUGAAAUUAUGAGCUUAAAAUCUGAAUUUCAAUAAUCUCUUUGUUUCCCCCAUCUUUCAGUCCCUGCCAGUAUCAUAAAACCGUCUGUAUCAGAUGGCAAAACGUAUUUUUCAGUGUUGCUUUUGUAUUUGUUGUCUUUUUAAUCAAAAUAUAAAAUGUAUCAACUUACUGACUGUUUUGACUAAUUAUUGCCACCACAGCGUGAUCUGCAUGUGUCAGUGCA